UCCUCUUUCUUGUUGCCUGAGCACAGGAAUAUGAGCAUGAUGAAGAUCAAGUGCUUCAUGUUCCUGGCUGCCCUGAGUCUCACCUGGACUCUGUCAGAAGGAGGUACUGGGCUGAGCUGUGUUUUAAAUGAGAGCUGCAUUUUACCAUGUGAGCUCCAGGCUGGCUCAGAUCCUCUCAUCCACUGGAUUCACAUGAUAGCAAGGGAAACUUUUGUCCAUUCCUUCUACAACAAUCAAACCCAGCUGGGACACCAGGUCCAUUGGUUCAGAGGCAGAACGUCUCUGUUCACAGAUCAGAUCCCCAGAAGAAACGCCUCCCUGCUGCUCACAGCGGUGAAGAUUCAAGACGAAGGACGAUACAUGUGCCGCACAAGUACCUCUGAAGGCAACAAAAAAGCAUUUGUUGACCUAAAAGUAGAAGCUCCAGUCUCUGACAUCAGGAUCCAUCAGGAUGGAAACAGGAUCACCUGCAGCUCAGAGGGGAUCUACCCUCAACCUGAACUCACCUGGUCCACUGAGCCUCCAUCCAACACGGCUCUGCAGAACAGAACCACAGUCCAUCAGACUGAGGAGAAGCUUUAUGACAUCACCAGCUGUCUGACGGACCAUGACCCUAAUUUGACCUACUACUGCACAGUCAAAACUCAGACGAACCAGAAGACAGGUUUGGUUAAACCUGAAAUGUCACAUAAUGUUGGAAAGUUCUCUGUAGUGGUGAUUGGGGUUCCAGUUGCAGGUGUAAUCAUGGUGGUUGUGAUAAUCACUAUAAUUUUAACGAAAAAAGGCUGCACAGCAAACAACACAAAGACACCAAACAAGCCUGAAAUUCAUGGGAACUCGUUGAAACCUGUGGACUGCCUGGACGAAUCGGACUCGGCUGUUAAUGCAGAAAAUGAUCUAGAUACUGUGACCUCCGUUACUCGUCUUUUAUCCCCUGGUCUCUCCUAAAGUCUUACAUACCAGACAAUGUUUCCACGAGCACAACAACAACGUCCUCAAGACAGUUACUAUCUUAAGAUUUUAAGAUGUUAAAGUACUUUUCCAUUAAAUUGAUAAUUAUAUUGAAAUAUCAUAAAAGAUGUAAAACAUUUGGACGUCAGUUGAAAUGAUUUUUGAAAGUAUCAUAGCAGCAGAAAUGACUCUGUACACAAGUAUGUUUCAGAGUUUUUUGUUGUUUUUAAGGAAAUAAAAUGAACAAAUUGGGGAGAGUCCCAGUUCACAUAGUUAAAAAAAUUAAAUAUCACAGAUUGGCCAGUUUUUAUUUCUAUAGGGCAUAGCAUAUAGUACCACGCCCCCCGUGGGGUUUGAGCUGCGGUCAAAUCAAACCCCCACAUGGUUCAGGAUUCCUCUUAAUUUGGCCCCUACAUUCUGAGUAGGUAUUAAUGUGGAAGAUCUCCAUUUUAUGUAGCUGCUAGCCUUCCUGGUUGGUUAAAUCAUAAUUGAUGAGUGCAAUGUCAUCAAUUAUAUAGAGCAAUAUAACAUUAAUGCAGUCCGGACCCAUUUAGGUGAAUGUUUAAGGUUUGAUGGGUCCAACAAAAUGAAAAAUGUUAUAUAUUUAUAAAUCACAUAGCAGAGAUUUUGGACUUCAGAGCAAUUCCAUAGCGUAUGGAUAAACAGAUAAUGCAUAUCUUAGUAAUAAAUAAUUAGUAUAUUAUAUAAUAAAUAUGUAUGCCUCAUUUAGAAUAGAAGUUAUUGAUCCCCAAAGGGAAAUGAUCUAUAAAUGAGAGCAGAGAAACUCAGAUUUAAGUCACUCAGACUUGGGCAUUGUAAAUCCUAAUGGCUACAGACAGAAAUGAUGUUUUUAUUGAUCUGUGGAGCAAAUAAAAUGUUUUAUUGAUUGAUUGAUU